AUGCUGCAGCCGACCCCCAACAUGACCAUGCUUUCUUUGCGAAACUGGUUUCAGAAUGGGCGCCCGAAUGGUGUGUGCCCCAACGACUCCAUGAGCUUCGUGGAUGUCCGCGACUGUGCGGAGCAGCAUGUAAAAGCAAUGGAAGACUCGGCCGCCAGUGGCCGAUACAUGAGUUUGGUACCCAGUUGGCACUGGAAUGACCUGGACCACGCCAUGCAUGAGAUGUAUCCCUUGAUGCCAAAGUCAGCACCGUGUGAGGGGACGCCAU